AUGCUUGGGAACUAUAUUGGCAUUUUUGCCAUUUUGGCACUGUUGGUGUUCUCUCACCAGAAUCUAAUAUCGUUUAAUGACAAGUUUUCUAACCACCGAGUUGCUAUCAUUGGUGCUGGCCCUGGAGGUACAUCAGCAGCAUACUACUUGCAAAAGUACACCAAUUAUAACUAUAACAUCACAAUAUUCGAAAAAAGUAGUCGGAUUGGUGGUAGGACUAUCACAAUUGAUCUAUAUGGCAACAGUUCGCUUCCAUUCGAAGCUGGUGCAAGCAUCUUCGUGAGUGCCAACAAGAUCUUGAACAAAGCAGCCCAAGACUUCAACUUGAAGAUAAAAAAGUACCGAUCCUCCAUCAAACACGACUCACAAUUGUCUCAGGUGGGAUUGUACAAUGGAACUUCCAUAUAUCUAGAAAUUAACGAUUCCUGGACUACAUACGUUAAGUUACUCUGGAGAUAUGGGUUGGCCCCGGUACAAGUAGCCAGGCUUUCCAAGAAGUUUCUCUCGUCUUUCUUGACGUAUUUCUACGAAAGAAACUUUCCAUUUGUCACUUUGAACUCCAUCACCAGAAUCUCUGGCUUGUACGCUGGAAUUCCAACCACUGCUGAUAAGUACUUUGAUGAGCAAGGUAUCAAACAGUCAUACUACAAGGAAAUCAUACAAUCGUUCACCAGAGUCAAUUAUGCACAGAACAUUGACCAAAUACAUGCUGUAGGUGCACUUGUUUCUUUGGCAACUGACAAUCCUCUGCAAAUCGAAGGAGGAAACUGGCAGAUAUUCACUGGUAUGGCCAAUGCCUCAAAGGCUUUGGUAAACCUCAAUACAGAAGUAUCGACAAUUGAAAAGCUCCCCAAUGGGACAUGGUACGUGGGCUACAAUGGAACGCUGGACACAUUCGAUACGGUCAUAAUCGCUUCUCCGUUGAAAUUGGCCAAUAUUGACCUCGAGUACAGUGUCCCAGACGUCAAGUUUGUAGAUCUUCAUGUGACCAUUUUCACGUCAAACGAAACUCUCCUGCCAGAGUAUUUCGGACAAGAUGCGGACUCAAAGAUUCCAGGGACCAUCCUUACCACCGUUAAUCUGUCAUCUACCCCGCCUUUGGAGUUUUUCUCUGUCUCUAUUCACGACUACUUGGAAGACACACAAGAAUAUGUACUUAAAGUGUUCUCUCCAAAGCUUUUCACAAACGAAGAUAUAGCACUCUUGUUUUCCUCAAGUGCCUCGAUUAGUUGGGUUCAUAGAAAAGAGUUUUACUCUUAUCCUUAUUUGGAGCCAGUGCUCUCAUUUGCUGAUUUCGAGCUUGACAAUGGCCUCUGGUACCUCAACACCAUGGAGUCCUUCAUUAGCACAAUGGAAACAUCUGCACUUGCAGGAGCCAACGUUGCAGGCUUGAUCUCAGAAGGACGCAACACUUCGGAAAUCUCUAUUCCUUGA